AUGGCCAAGAUCAGCAGCCAGCACUCCCACCCCACCCUGAGCCACCUUGCAGUAAAGGCCACGGACAGAGAUCUCGAUCACAUUGAAAAUGGCUUCAGCAGGGCCCAUGCACCAGGCGAGGAGACAUUGGCAGCGCUGCAGCAAGGGAUCGCCAUGGAGACCAGAGGGCUGUCGGAAUCCAGAAGCUCCCUCACUGCCCAGGGGGCCGCCAGAUUGUCACAUCUCAUCAUCUCGCUGCGCUCACGGGCUGCCGGGCACUUGCACCACGAGGACCAGAGAACCAACUCCUUUCAGGAGCAUUUCCAAGGAGCUGAGCUCAAAGAGGUGUCCAGCAAUGCCCAGUCUGACGUGGGCAGCCAGGAGCCACCAGACAGAGGGGGAAGUGCCUGGCCCCUGGCCAGAAGCAAUGCUAACGCCAGCAACAACACGGAGGAGGACAAGAAAUACCAAAAGAAGGACACCAUUGUGGUGGACCCCUCCGGCAAUGUGUACUACCGCUGGCUGACGGCCAUCGCCAUGCCAGUCUUCUACAACUGGUGUCUGCUCGUGUGCAGGGCCUGUUUUGAUGAACUUCAGUCCGAGUACCUGAUGCUGUGGCUGGUCCUGGACUACUCAUCAGAUGUCCUCUAUGGCUUGGAUAUGCUGGUACGAGCCCGGACAGGUUUCCUUGAGCAAGGCUUAAUGGUCAUGGAUGCUGAGAAGCUACGGAAGCAUUACACGAAAAGCUUGCAAUUCAAGCUGGAUGUGUUAUCUCUGAUCCCUACGGACCUGGCUUACUUAAAGCUGGGCAUGAAUUACCCAGAACUGAGGUUCAACCGCCUUCUGAAGUUUGCCCGGCUCUUUGAGUUCUUUGACCGCACAGAGACAAGGACCAACUACCCCAACGUGUUCAGGAUUGGGAACUUGGUCUUGUACAUCCUCAUCAUCAUCCACUGGAAUGCCUGCAUCUACUUUGCCAUUUCCAAGUUCAUUGGUUUUGGGACAGACUCCUGGGUCUACCCAAAUAUCUCAAGCCCAGAAUAUGGGCGCCUCACCAGGAAGUACAUUUACAGUCUCUACUGGUCUACCUUGACCCUGACCACCAUUGGUGAGACCCCACCUCCUGUUAAAGAUGAAGAGUAUCUCUUUGUGGUUAUAGACUUCUUGGUGGGCGUUCUGAUUUUUGCCACUAUUGUGGGCAACGUGGGCUCCAUGAUCUCGAACAUGAACGCUUCACGGGCAGAGUUCCAGGCCAAGAUUGACUCCAUCAAACAGUAUAUGCAGUUCCGCAAGGUGACCAAGGACCUGGAGACACGGAUCAUCCGGUGGUUUGACUACCUGUGGGCCAACAGGAAGACAGUAGAUGAGAAGGAGGUGCUCAAGAGCCUCCCAGACAAGCUGAAGGCCGAGAUCGCCAUCAACGUGCACCUGGACACGUUGAAGAAAGUCCGCAUCUUCCAGGACUGCGAGGCGGGGCUGCUGGUGGAGCUGGUGCUGAAGCUGCGGCCCACGGUGUUCAGCCCCGGGGAUUACAUCUGCAAGAAGGGAGACAUUGGGAAGGAGAUGUACAUCAUCAAGGAGGGUAAGCUGGCUGUGGUGGCUGAUGACGGGCUCACACAGUUCGUGGUCCUGAGCGAUGGCAGUUACUUUGGGGAGAUCAGCAUCUUAAACAUCAAGGGGAGCAAGUCGGGGAACCGCAGGACGGCCAACAUCAGGAGCAUCGGUUACUCGGACCUGUUCUGCCUUUCGAAGGACGAUCUGAUGGAGGCCCUCACUGAAUACCCUGAUGCCAAGAAGGCCCUGGAGGAGAAGGGACGGCAAAUACUGAUGAAGGACAACCUGAUCGACGAGGACCUGGCCGGGCCUGGGGCCGACCCCAAGGACAUCGAGGAGAAGGUGCAGUACCUGGAGUCCUCCCUGGACACCCUGCAGACCAGCUUUGCCCGGCUCCUGGCUGAGUACAACGCCACCCAGAUGAAGGUAAAGAAGCGUCUCAGCCAGCUGGAGAGCCAGGUGAAGAUCUGUGGCAGCGGCCCCCUGUCUGACAGAGAGACUCCCGGGGAUGCCACAAAAACAGAGGACAAACAACAGUGA